UUAUCACGUCAGAAGUGUGAUCACUGCUGCAUUAAUUCAAGCUCUUCACCAUAUGUUGCGUGUGUGAAUCGAGAAUUCAAUCCAUCAGUCAGGGUCAGGACCAUCAUCACUCCUCCACUACCCAAACGUCACAUUUAAAGACUACAUUUACCACUAUGAUUGGUAUAUCACGCGCGUUUCAGUGGUAGUGCUAACAAUUCAGGCGGUACUUGAAGGCAACAACAGCUGAAUGUGAGUCAGAUUUGUAAAACGAGGUGUGGUUUCUUCUUCUUCAGUCCCAGACAGUGGAGUCGUCUUCUUCCAUAUGAACGAAGUGGAGAUGGUGGGAAUUGCUAACAAACAACAAGGACAAACUGUACUAGAGCAGCUGCACUAAAGAUGACUGUGUUUUGAGUAGCUGUUUGAGAAAAUGCACGUAGGAACCCUGACUACCUGCUUUAACCAGACUGUGCACAGAGGGAUGGAGUUGUCAUGUCUGGACCUGGCUCUGGAAGGCGAGAGGCUCUGUAAGGCUGGGGAUUAUCGCGCUGGUGUGUCUUUCUUUGAGUCUGCCAUCCAGGUUGGAACAGAGGACCUCCAAAUUCUUAGUGCCAUCUACAGCCAACUGGGAAAUGCCUACUUUCACCUACAGGAGUAUAACAAAGCCCUGGAGUACCAUCAGCAUGACCUCACACUUACCAGAAUAAUUGGAGAUGACCUCGGUGAAGCCAAAGCCAGUGGCAACCUUGGAAAUACUUUAAAGCUUUUAGGACGCUAUGAUGAAGCAGUGGUUUGUUGCCAAAGACAUUUGGAUAUCACGAGAGCUAAAUAUGAUAAGGUUGGGCAGGCUCGAGCACUGUAUAAUUUUGGGAACGUGUACCAUGCCAAGGGCAAGAGCCUCUGUUGGACUGGAGCGGAGCCCGGAGAGUUCCCAGAUGAGACCAGGAUAGCCCUGAGGAAAGCUGCACAGUACUAUGAAGCCAACCUGUGUCUGGCGAAGGAGUUAGGUGAUCAGGCAGCCCAGGGUCGGACAUAUGGAAACCUGGGUAACACUUACUAUCUGCUGGGUGACUUUGAAAAGGCAGUAGCUGCACAUGAAAAGCGUCUCCUCAUUGCUAAAGAGUUUGGGGAUAAGUCCGCUGAGAGGAGGGCACAUUGUAACCUUGGCAACGCUCACAUAUUCCUCAGCCAGUUUGAAGUGGCGGCUGGUCAUUACAAGAGGACUCUGCAGCUGGCCAGACUUUUGAAGGACAGAGCAGUGGAGGCCCAGGCCUGUUACAGUCUGGGCAACACCUACACACUGCUGCAGGAUUAUGAGAGAGCCAUUGAUUAUCACCUUAAACAUCUGGUCAUUGCUCAAGACCUCAACGACCGAGUUGGUGAAGGAAGAGCAUACUGGAGUCUAGGAAAUGCCCACACUGCCUUGGGGAAUCAUCAGCAAGCCAUGUACUUUGCUGAGAAACACUUGGAAAUUGCCAAAGAGACUGGAGACAAAAACGGCGAGGUCACAGCCAGAAUGAACUUGGCAGACCUACGGCUGGUCGUAGGCCUCAAGUCCAACUCCAACAUCCAUCGCAACAUAAAUGCUAAUAGCUCUGCGCUGCCAUUAAGCUACCCCAACUUUCCAGGGGGCAUGUCCCCAUUCAGGAGGAGAGGCAGUGUUGAGAACCUGGAACAGAGUUCAAAUCCUGCUAAAAAUCAAACUGGACCUUCUUCAGUCCAUCCAGACUGGGAAGAGGAUCCUGGGUCUUCAAAAAACAACACAAGCAAGGCUUCGACUAAGCUGCUCCUCUUCCAGAGGUUGAGAAGCAAGAAGCAGAAGAACAACAAAUCACCUCCUAAAGACCAGCAUGAAAGCUGCACCAAGCACUCAUCUCCUCAGCUGGAUGCACUAGUGUCCAAGCCGGGAUCACAGGACACUAUUGGCGAGGACGGCCUUUUCGAUCUCCUCUCUCGUUUUCAGGGCAACAGAAUGGACGACCAAAGGUGCGCUCUACACAAUGGCCAGCGCCAUCUCCCUGCCCAUUCCUUCGCCUCCUCCACCCCAUCUGUCAUUGAAAGGAAAUCCGCUUUAGAGUGCGAAGCACCAUCACAGGAUCCUGGUCAUUUCCUGGAGCUGCUGGCCAGCUCCCAGGCCCGUCGUCUGGAUGACCAGCGAGUCAGCCUGAACCAUUUUCCUGGCUUACGUCUCAGCACCUCCAACCCGCCUUGUACACCCUCCAUCUCCAGCACAGAUCAUGUCCCCACACAAGCCCCAAUCUCCCAGGCAAAUACGCCGUAUGCACCCUCCCUGUACAGUUGCCUCGAGGCCAGUACUGAGCAGCCUGAAGGGGACGAUGUCUUCUUCGACAUGCUAGUUAAGUGCCAGGGCUCUAGGCUGAAUGACCAGAGGUGUGCUGCUCCACUCUCUACAACUAAGGGACCAACAGUUCCAGAUGAGGAUUUUAUCAGUCUCAUUCUGCGUUCCCAGUCCAACAGGAUGGAAGAGCAGCGAGUCCUGCCGCCCUCUGGUAUUGCCCAAUCCAAACCCGACUGACAAAGUAAUUACAGGAUAUCAGAGGAAGUAACAAAGCUUUCUUAAAAAAAAAAAACUUUUGUAUAAGCUGCAUAUCUCUAGAUUCCAGCAUUUUGAAAUUGUUCAGAUAACAUUAGUGGGAGACUGCCAAGCCAACAAGGGAUGCUAUAAGGAAUUACGGUUAAAAAAAAAAAAAGACCUCAGCCCCUGUGACGUUUUGCUACUCUGAAGGCUUGCAUAAGGUUGCAGUUGUUAAUUUGUUUGGACUACAAACGUACUGUAGUCAAAGGACAUGAGCCACACUGAUGAAAUGUCUACUUGAUGACAGACUAGCGACAUUGUAGGAACCUAUCUCAGAGGUUCUGCCUAUUUACAAUUCCACUGGUUAUUAAGAGUGGGAUAUAUUGGCUAGAAUUGAUCUCUGAUCUGUCCAACAAAAGUCAUAUUACAGAGUCAAAUGACAAAACCGCUCUGGGGAAAUAAAGGUUUGUAAGACUCUGCUACACUGGUGACUAGUGAAGCCAUUUAUAGAAUCUGCUUCAAGAUAUUGCUUUCAAAGACAAUGUCAGACAUUGUAUGGGUGAAGCAUUAUUGCCCUGAACUGAAAUGGAAUUCCUCUUCUUUGUAACAAGAUUAACUAGUGUGAGGACAUAAAAAAUGUUAUUUUACAGUGUGU